AUGCCCAGAAGUGCGUAGACGCGCCCGCCUGCCUCGGUCCGCGGAAGACUCUGCUCUGCGCCACCAUGGAGCGCAUCGAGGGGGUGGCCGUGGGCCUCUGCACCCAGUCGCCCUACCUGCGGCCUCUCACGCUGCACUACCGCCAGGACGGUGUCCAGAAGUCCUGGGACUUUAUGAAGACACAUGACAGUGUGACUAUUCUCAUGUUCAACUCUUCUCAGAGAAGCCUGGUGUUGGUGAAGCAGUUCCGGCCAGCUGUAUAUGCAGGCGAGGUAGAGCGUCACUUCCCAGGGUCUCUGACAACUGUGAACCAGGACCAGCCCCAAGAACUUCAGCAAACACUGCCUGGCUCAGCGGGAGUGAUGGUGGAACUCUGUGCCGGUAUUGUGGACCAGCCUGAGCUCUCACUGGAGGAAGUGGCCUGCAAGGAGGCUUGGGAAGAAUGUGGCUAUCACCUGGUCCCCACUGAUCUGCGCAGAAUUGCCACGUACAUGUCUGGAGUAGGACUGACUGGCUCCAGGCAGACCAUGUUCUACGCAGAGGUGACAGAUGCCCAGCGAGGGGGGCCUGGUGGAGGCCUGGCUGAGGAGGGAGAACUCAUCGAAGUGGUCCAUCUGAGUUUGGAUGACGCCCAGGCCUUUGCAGACAACCCUGACAUCCCCAAGACUCUUGGUGUUAUCUUUGCUAUCUCUUGGUUCUUUAGCCAGGUGGUUCCCCAUUUGAGUCUCCAGUGAGGCCCUAGGGCUAGAGAGUUCUAUCCCAUUCACUCAAACUCCUGCCCUGCACACUCAAUAAAUUUUACUCAUGUC